AUGGAGUCGGAUGGUGAGUUAUCUGAAAAUGAAGAAGAAAUGCUCAUAUAUGUAGAAUUUGAAGGGCUUACCGGUAACGAAAUGUUCGAUAAUAAAGAUCUUCAAUUGGAUAUGAUUGGAAUAGAUACUGAACAUCCUAUAAUGGAAAUUAAUGGACGGUUUUAUGAGGGCACUUAUGAAGACGCUGUAGGCACUUAUAUGUUCUUUGAGAAAGAUGACAAUCCAAAGGUGGACGAUGAGGUAUUCGAUAAAGUGCCGACUCUAAAAUAUUCUGCUAAAACAAGGAAGUUACUUAAGAUGCAGAGAGUGUUCACAAAACCAAGAGUCGAGGUCCUUGGUGAUGCUGAACAUGAGAGUUGUAUUCCGAAUGAAGAAAUGUUAGCACAAGCUGGUGUGCCUCCAAAGUAUCAAGAGGAAGCCAUACAGUUCUGGAAUAAAGUACGUGAUGAAAAACUAGAAGAAUUAAGCAUAUUCUUGGAAAAACAGAAAAUUAGAGAAGAAAAAAAAUCCAAAGGUAUUGCGUUGGAUUCAGAGUCUGAUGAGGAAAACCCCGUUGUACAAAAAACCAAAAAAAAAUCAGAAGAAACAUGAGAAAAUACCUGAGUUUUGUUUGAUUUUAGAAAAAAUCAUGCGUUUUUACCAGUCGAGGUCACCAGGUAAUUCGUCUGGAU